AUGCUUAAGAGCGACCUCGAAGCGCGCUGCGCGCGCGUACUCGAGCUGGAAAAACGGCUUCUGCAGUCGGAGCAAGAAAGCAACGACGGAGACGCGCGACUGAAGCAGCUGCUCGACGAGUUCGAGAAACGCAAGGCUUUCAUUUCCAGCGAACUCGACGUGCGCGAAAAAGCUGAAGCGCUCGACGCGUUUGAGGCCAGAUUGCAGCACUUGUCAAAGGAGCAGGCCGACAGCGAGCGCAGCCUUGCGGCGCAGCGCGAGAACUUGGUCGCGGAGCGCGAGGCUCUGAGCCGCGAGUGCGCCGCCACGGAAAUCGAAAAGAGCCAGGUGUCUAAGUCUCGCGCCAUGCUGGACCUCGAGUUCGCAAAGCUUCAAGGCAGACAAUGUUGA